CUCAAACCCAAUUGACACCGAGGCUUCAUUGCUCGACGCGGGAAGCUUUCUGUAACGAACCGUAUUGCAACACACCAGACAACCCARAAAGACAAAUAGCACAGCUGAAACCAGACGAUGAUUCCGUGCAGAUUGCAUCUUGUGUUCGCGGCGCUGCUGUGUUUCCUCCUCCAGGAGGAAUCGUGGUCGUGGACAACGACGCGGCAACUUCAACUCCAACCCCAGCCACGAAUCCCGUCCUCCCGGCGCAUGUCGCUGGAGGACCGCACCGACGACCGCGGAGAAAAAGAAGGCGGCGUCCUUAGCGAGGGUGCCAGCAGCCGGCGGAGGUGGCUGGGCAACGCCGGUGCGCUUGUCGCCGCGUCCCUGGGGGUUUCGACGACGACGAUCCUCCCCUCUCAUGCGGAGCAGCUCGUUUCGUCCGCCUCCGUCUGCGACGCGACCGUCUCGGUCUGGUCCAAGGGUGGGCGCAUCAUCUACCUCCUGGGAACGGCUCACAUCUCCAGUACCAGCGCCGCCCUGGCGGGGCAGCUGGURAGGGACACCACCCCGAAGGGCGUCUUCAUCGAGCUUGACCCGAAGCGCGUGUCCGGGACGGGAGCCCUCGCGCAGAAAUUCAAGGGGGACGCCGACACCCCGGCGCCCGAGCGGGAAUCGAAGAUCAUCGUUCCUCAGAUCUCGGCCGCCCCCGGCGACGGAAGCAUGGUGCUGGAGUCGUCCCUGAYCCAGGCCGACARCGGUGCCCCGAUCCCAACGGCGCUCUCGUCCAAGACGAAGAAGGAGAUGAACAACCCCGUCAUGAAAGCCGCCACCGCCGCGGUCGGCAAACAAAUCAAGGGGCUGUACUCCCGCCUCGAUUCGGCGGGCUUUGACUCGGGGGAAGAAUUCGUCACGGCCGUCCGGGAGGGAAAGAAAAUCGGAGCUGACAUUGUCCUGGGCGACCGCGACGUCGAGGUGACCCUCCGGCGGGUCACGGAGGGSCUCGCCAAGACGGACCUCAAGGCCUUUUUGAGCCCGGACUCGGAACUCGAGCAGACGCUGCAAAAAAUGGUACCSGUCGACGCCGCGGUGGCGGAACGGAUCGCCGGCUCGUCGUCCUCGGACGGGGCGAGAGACCUCAGCGACGAGGAGUUCAAGCAGGAGCUCUCGACCUUUGUCGAAACGAUGAAGACCAAGGAGAACGUGCGGCUGAUCAUGGGACAGCUCAAGCGUGUCGCUCCGUUCUUGUACGAGGCCCUGGUCAGCGAGCGGGACGUUUACAUGGCGACCGGUCUGAACGGCCUGAACGAGCUGGAAAGCAUCGUGGCCGUGGUCGGGAUCGCGCACGCGGAUGGCAUCGAGACAAGCCUGCAAAUGAACGGAUGGAAGGCGGCCAGCCCCUCGUGCCCCAAGCAAUAACAAGCAAGCUACCACAGCAARAAACCGGACGAGGCAUAGCAAUCUAAAAAAAUAGAUAAUGAUGAUAACGCAUCACUCUCURCAAGUACACGUGUCGUACCACAUACGGAAGACUAAAGACCAGACUCUUGAAAGGAUUCAGCRUAUUCAUGGUUAUUGCAAAAUAUUUUCUCGCAUUGUGAAUGGGGGCUACACGAAAAUCGAUCCCAGAAAAUAUGAACCGAUCAGUCGUGAAGCACUAUAKGCAUUCAUUUUGCCACCGGGAAAAGGUAAUUUGUUCUCCAUUUUCUCCCAGAUUUUGGUGUGUUGCACGGGGAAUCAAUUUCUUUUGUCGGAAGGGAAUGAGUAAAAUAAUUCAAGCUCAAGUUUUGUAAACAAUGAACUCCACAAGCGGGGACUCCCUCAGUCAUCGCAGGGAAUGCACGCUGAAGUUUGGCAUGGUUUAGUUCUCUUUCGAGAUCCCUCAUUUCCCGUUUCCACGACCCCGCCCUCCCUGUCGAAUCCCACGGCCGCCCCUGAUGCCUCGAGGUCCACCCUUAGCGUUUGUGCCCUUUUUGCGGGUGGCGAUAAUUUUUUGUCCACUGCCCUUUUUAUUUCGAUUAGGCUGAUUYGACUUGCCGGCAGCCGGUUUUGAAGUCUGUGCUUGGCCAUCGUCAUCCGAAAUGCCAUCGCUGGUUGCUUCUCCAUCUUCUGUUUCUGCGCCAUUUUCAACAGCAAUGGCUUCACUGGCAUUCGCAGUUCCACUGCCAUUAUUUUUCCCCUCAUCGGCUUCUUCUACGGGAUGGUAUUUUUCGUAAAUUGCAGUCGCACGCCUCCGGAUCUCCGUAGUUGCAGUGGCUUUCGCAGUUGACAAAUGCCAGUUCGGCAGGGCAUUCGUUCCUGGUGCCGCCGUACUAAUCGCCGCGAUGCAUCGCUCAACGAAUACUGUUUUUGUGUCUGUCUCUUCCAUCGGUUGAAGGGGGACCGACAAAGCCCAAUCUUUAAUGGCCUGAUUUGCUGCCUUUCGAUAGGCAUUGAUUUGCGAUUGAUGCAAUCGGUUCAAUCGACUCUGAUUAUUGGAUUGCAUAAUAUUCAUUUACGAGARUCACCCAAGAURGUGUUGCGUAGGAAUAAAAAUACACCAUAGUU